AUGCACAUAUACAAUAUUGUAAUUUCAACCAAGCUCAACAUGAACAGAAUUUGCUUGAAUGUUCUGGUGGGUGUUCCUGCAUCGGGAAAAACGACUUAUUGUAAACAUAUUGAAACGACAAGGACUCAUACGUUCAACGUGGUGCAUGUGUGUUAUGAUAGCUUUAUAAGGGUAGAUGCUCAAUACGACCUAUUUUCCAAUGACACAGGAUCGUACAAGUUGCGACGCAAAAAGUUACUGUCCUUGAUGGAGACAAUUAUCGUUGCUGUUAAAGAAAACGAUCGUGAAAAGUUAGAAAACUCACUAACUUAUGUAGAAAAUGAAUUUGGUGUUGUUUUAAAAAUUUCUCUUUCAACAGAUUAUAAGGACUAUCUUUUUGUCAUCGAUGAUAAUAUGUACUAUAGAAGUAUGCGCCUAGAAUGGCUAAAAGUGGCAAAGAAACUUUCUUUAGGAUUUUUCCAAACCUUCUUUGACAUUCCGCUUGCACUCGCAUUGCAAAGGAAUCAAGCAAGAAUAUCACCCAUACAAAAAGAAGUAGUAGUGUCUAUGUGGAUUCGUCUUGAAAAACCUUGCGGAGAUCUUCAUCAGUGGGAAAAGCAAUGCAUCUGCUUUAGAGAAACUUAUGACAUGAAUACGGCAAUUGAAUUGGCCAAGUAUUGUAUCAAAACCCCAGUACAGGGUGUCAUAAAAAUACAAUCCGUUCCAAUGGAGCAAUCAAAAGUCCAUCAAAUUGAUCUUCUCUUACGGAAAAGAAUUUCGAAACGAAUGGCUCGGGCAAAGGAAACUAUGCCUAGCAAUGAUCUUGAAGUGUUUGCCCAUCACCUGCAAAAGCAAAAAGCGAAUUUAUUAGAUCAGUUGAGAAAAGGUGAAUGUUGUCGGCCAGAUGUUGUAGAAAAAAAUAUUCAAAUCAUAGCUGAUACACUAUUUUAAAAUAAAUACAUAAUUCAUAAACGAUUUGAAAAUAGUUUGAAAUAAACAAAGUAGUUAAAAU